AUGGUUUUACGAUUCAAAAAGCCCUUUCUUUGUUUGAUAUUCUCGGUUUUUGUGGGACAACAUAUUUCUCGACGCCUCAGCAUCGCGGUAUCGGGAGCACAAGACAGCUGGACUUCUGAUUGAGACGCGCACGUGAUCGUAUAACGGCGCCUUCAUCAAAGAAUUGAGAGGCACUGUACGGGAGAACGUAUUGCAAUGACGACUAUAAUUUGUGUAGGUGCAUGUUAUUUAGAUACGAUUCUAACAGUUCCUUUGUUUCCUGAAGAAGAUUCGAAGCUAAGGGCGACGUCGCUGGUUAAACGUCGAGGAGGCAAUUGUCCUAACACUCUUGAGGUUCUGUCCCAGCUGAUCUCGAUCAAAAGUGCAACAUGCAACACCAAGCUUGUUUUCCUGGGCACGUUGCCUUCUUCAAGUAGCCAAGCCUCAAAGACGAUCGUUGACAGCUUGCCUGGCGUGGACCUAAGCCACUGUAUCUACCGUGAGGAAUGUUUCGAGGCGGCGAGUAGCUACAUAAUUAAGAGCCAGACUACGGACUCGCGCACGAUUGUCAACUACAACGAGCUGCCUGAAAUGACGGUUGACGAGUUCGUUCGCGUAGCGAGAGAAGCUGGUGUGCCUGAAGCCGGAGGCGAGGGGGUUUGGUGGCAUUUCGAGGGUCGUAUUCCAGAUAUUACACUUGCAUGCAUAGAACACCUGCGCAGUGCAUUUCCCAAAGCCAAAAUCAGUGUGGAAGUAGAAAAGCCUGGCCGUCCGGGUCUGGAAGAACUUGCUGCUCAAGCCGAUGUCGUGUUCUUUUCAAAAUCAUGGGCAGAAGGGCAAGGUUACACCCAUCCACGUCCUUUUCUUCAUGACCAGGCUCGUAGGCUGGCUGAUCGUAGUCCUGUUAUGUUUUGCACAUGGGGGGCCGCUGGUGCGGCAGCCUAUUCCGAGCGUGAGAUAUUCUUGGAAAAACCAAAUUCUGUCGUUGUCGUGGUCGACCCUGUUGGGGCUGGAGAUACGUUUAUUGCUGGGAUUCUCUUUUGCCUGGCCUGUCAUCCGGAGAAGGAUAUCAGACAAGCGUUGCAGUUAGGCAUCAGUGUUGCAGAGGAAAAAAUUCGCAGAGAAGGUUUCCAAGGCCUCGCAGACGUGAUGAGAAAUCACCUGGAGGACUAGGACCAUUGAUUCAGCACCUGAGGAUAAGGAACGGAGCUUGAAAAUAUACGUCUACGAUCACCAAAUGGUUUAAACAUGUCAAGCACGUCAUUUUAGGACCCAUUCAACAAUGAUGCACCUUUCAUUCACUGUCGCGAACGUCAUCAACCAUAAUGUACAUUUUCUCCAGGAAAUCCUCAUGUCGAGAAACGUUACGCUAAACAAGAACCGAAUCUUCUACAAAA